CUAAGACGUAAUUUCACACACAAAUAUGCUUCUUCUCUUAACUCUGCUCCUCCAGAAACCCUCGCUAUAAAGUGCCUGCAACCAGAAAAUCCAACUUCUCUGCUGCCGCAUCGCUUCCAAACCCUAAAGGCCAAGAUGGGACGUGUAAUCCGUGCACAGCGUAAGGGAGCAGGCUCCGUCUUCAAGUCCCACACCCACCACCGUAAAGGCCCUGCUCGAUUCCGCUCUCUCGAUUUUGGAGAGCGAAAUGGUUACCUAAAGGGAGUCAUUACUGAGAUUAUUCACGAUCCUGGUCGCGGCGCGCCACUAGCUAGGGUCACUUUUCGCCAUCCAUUUCGCUACAAGCACCAGAAGGAGCUCUUCGUUGCUGCUGAAGGAAUGUAUACUGGUCAGUUUGUGUACUGUGGAAAGAAGGCUAAUUUGAUGGUGGGAAAUGUUUUGCCAUUGAGAUCUAUUCCAGAAGGAGCUGUUGUAUGUAAUGUGGAGCAUCAUGUAGGUGAUAGGGGUGUGUUUGCUAGAUGUUCUGGUGAUUAUGCUAUUGUGAUUAGUCAUAACCCUGAUAAUGGGACUACCAGAAUCAAGCUUCCUUCUGGUGCUAAGAAGAUUGUGCCCAGUGGUUGCCGUGCAAUGGUUGGUCAAGUUGCAGGCGGUGGAAGGACUGAGAAACCCAUGUUAAAGGCAGGAAAUGCAUAUCACAAAUACAGAGUCAAGAGGAACUGCUGGCCUAAGGUUCGUGGUGUUGCUAUGAAUCCUGUAGAGCAUCCCCAUGGUGGAGGUAACCACCAACACAUUGGACAUGCUAGUACUGUUCGCCGCGAUGCUCCUCCUGGCCAAAAGGUUGGUCUCAUUGCUGCAAGGAGGACUGGUCGUCUCAGAGGACAAGCUGCAGCAACAGCUGCCAAAGCAGACAAGGGUGCUUAAGGAGCCUUGUUUUCUAGAACUCCAUGUCUUGUUUUUAUCUUCUUCUGGACAAAUUGUCUGUUGUGGUAUCAAUGAGUUUUUGUUUUUUAUGUUUAGGAUUUGUGUUCGUAGUUGGGAUAUCGAAUGCCUUAUUUUUGAUACGCUAUCUUUUUGUAUUGCAUGAUUUUGUUAGAAUUCUACUUAUAUUUUGUUUGCAUUUCA